GUCAUCCUCUGCUAGAUAAGAGUCACUAUUUAAACCGCACCAGAAGCUCGCCCACUGGCAGUUCGCUGAGAUCCUUGACUGCUUCAGUUUCUCACUCUUGGCAUGAAUUUGGAAAUGACUUUUGAUGACAAGAUGAAGCCUGUGAAUGAGCAGCUUGAUCAGAAGUUAUGUCACAGGAAGGCUAAAGGUUUGCAUUUUCUUUCCUCCCCAUGGUGGUGCCCUGCUGCUAUGACUCUGGCCAUCCUUUGUGUGGGGUUAUCAGUGACCCUUAUUGUACAGUGGAUGCAAUUACUCCAGGUAUCUGACCUCCUAAAGCAAUACCAAGCAAACCUUACUCACCAGGAACAUAUCCUGGAGGGACAGAUCUUAGCCCAGCAGCAGGCAGCAAAUGCUUCACAGAAGGAACUCGAGGACACAAUAGACACCCUCACCUGGCAGCUGGAGGAGAAAACCAAACAGCAGGAGGAGCUUGUGCAGCAAAACCUGAACCUCCAAAAUUCCCUGCAGAGAGCUGCAAACUUCUCAGUACUCCAGGUAUCUGACCUCCUAAAGCAAUACCAAGCAAACCUUACUCACCAGAAACAUAUCCUGGAGGGACAGAUCUUAGCCCAGCAGCAGGCAGCAAAUGCUUCACAGAAGGAACUCGAGGACACAAUAGACACCCUCACCUGGCAGCUGGAGGAGAAAACCAAACAGCAGGAGGAGCUUGUGCAGCAAAACCUGAACCUCCAAAAUUCCCUGCAGAGAGCUGCAAACUUCUCAGGUCCUUGUCCACAAGACUGGUUAUGGCAUAAAGAAAGGUGUUACCUGUUCUCUUAUACACAGUCUUACUGGGCAAAGAGUCAAGAAAACUGCCUGUCUUUGGAUGCUCAGCUGCUACAAAUUAGUAGCAUAGACGAUCUGAACUACAUCUUGCAAGCAACUUCUCACUCCACCUCGCCAUUCUGGAUGGGAUUGCACCGGAAGAAAAAAAACGACCCAUGGCUGUGGGAGAAUGGCCCUCCUUUGCGUCCUCACUUAUUUAAGAUCAGAGGAAUUCCUUCCCAGACUCAUCCAUCAGGCACCUGUGUAUACAUUCAAAAUGGAGCUAUUUUUGCUGACCACUGCAUUUUAACUGCAUUCAGCAUAUGCGAGAAGCGGGCAAAGCUAUUGCUAACAGAGUCAAUUUGAAGGGAACAGACCUUAGACUGUUGUUACGAAAUUUAAGCUAUUCUUGCUCACUUGAAUGUAAAACAUGAUUUCCUGACAGCUGUCAGCUAACUGCUAGCAUCAGUUCGCCUCAGCAGAGGCAAGGAACAGAAGCAGGGACUGGGGAUCCAGUCGUUGGACAUCUUUGUAUCAGACGUUGUGAGUUCAACUGUUUAUCCGUAUGUAUUAGCCUUGCCUUUCCCCAGCCUCCCAGCCACCCUGCAAUCCUGCAUCUCUUUCUUGUUUUAAAUGAUGACUCCUGCUUUCUGUUCAGUCUCCUAUACCUCAGUGUGCCUUAUGGGAGCUGCAUGGAAAACAGAAUGUGGAGAACCUGCUCAAGUGCAGGCAAAGGGUUCAGAAAGGAAAUACGCCUGUGACGCAACAGGCAAAGAAUCAGAACAGAGGAAAAGCCACACUGCAAGAAGGAACUUACGUUCCUGCCAGGAGCCACAGCUUCACCUUCGUAAAUGCGGUCCAUUUCCAUACUGCACCAUUUACAUUUUUAAUUUCAUGUUUAUUUUGUGUUUAUGGGGUUUUUGCCUAUGUGCCACACAAGUGCCUGAUUCAUAAGAUCCCCUGGAACUGGAAUUUACAGGUGGUUGUGAGCUGCUAUGUAGGUGCUAGGAAUUGAACUCAUGACCCAUAGAAAAACAGCCAGUAAUCUUAAUCAUGAGCUGCCUCUCCAACCCCUGUGAUGGGUUCUUACAUAAGUUAUCUCUUCCUCUUCCCUCUACCAAACAGUAUUGUGGCUUUAGCCCUUUAAAACAGUGUUUGUUACAACCAUAUAGCAUGUGACUCCCCAAAGCAAAACCAGAUUUCCCCCGUAAGCUACACAUUCCUUGUAGACAACCUUUUUUUGAUCCUGGCAUGCAAUGCUACAAUUCAGAAACACAUGUGACCAAAAUGAAAGAAACUAAAUUUUAGGAAAAGUUCUUAAGAGCAACAUGAUCUGGGUAUAAAAAUAGUGUUCUAUUGUAACAAAUGAGCUAAGAAACUUCUAUUUUCAAAGCCUCCAUUUUCCCCACAAACUUCCAAACACUUCCACUUUGAAGGAAAUGUUCCAUUGUUCUAGGCCAACAGUCGUGUGUGUGUGUGUGUGUGUGUGUGUGUGUGUGUGUGUGUGUGUGUGUGUGUGUUUAUAUGCGAUAGAUGCAUCCUUGGGUCCUUAGGAAGAUGAGACAGGGAUUACCUUUUCAUUGGUAGUUUUUCUGUGUAAUGAACUUACAAUAAAUUGAAUCUGUAACACUAUAAACUGUGGUGAUCAUAUCACCAUAGCCAAGAUGAUGAACAGAGUGUAUAUAUUUGUAUGUAUGUAUGUAUGUAUGUGUGUGUGUGUGUGUGUGUGUGUGUAAGACAGGAUCUCACUAUGUAGCUUUGGCUGGCUUGAAACUCACUUUAUAGACCAGGCUGACCUCUGACUCACAGAGUUUGUCCUCCCUCUGACUCACAAGUUCUAAGGUUAAUGGAAUGCAUUGUCACAUGUGACUUCUACAGUUUAUAUGAAUGGAAUUACAUAAUAUGUGUUUUUGGCCUAAUAUCUUUCACUUGGUGCUAUUAUUUUGGCAUGCAUACAUCUCCAUCUCAGUGUUUUUAUCAGUUCUUCAUUCUUUUUUAAAUGUUGAGCAUUCCAGUAUGGGCACAUACUGCUAGUUGUUUAUCUGUGUACUUGUUGGUGCCAUUGGGUUGUUUCAGUUUGGGUUUAACUACAAAUAAAGCUACUAUGAAUGUCCAUGA